AGAGCUUUCACACGACACGAUCACGGGACGGGAGCCGUGUUGCGCCCGUGAGCACUCACUACAACACACGGUCGUCGUCCCGUGCCCGUGCGUCAGUGGUGUACAGCAUCCUAUGAGAGCUUUCACAUGGGACGAUUUUAGUCGUCUCCUUGCGUCUGUGGCGUGAGGUUGUGUGCGCAACGAUGGGCGAGGAGAUUGAGAUUGACACUGAACGGCUAAUUUCUUUGGUGCAAGAGAGGCCUGUUUUGUGGGACAAGACAGAGGACAUAUACAAAGACAGGAAUGCUACAAAGAAUGCAUGGAAAGAAGUUUGUAUGGAACUGAAACCUGACUUUGAAGAAUUGGAGGACAGAGAGAAAAAUACAUUUGGAAAAGAUGUCAUGAAAAGGUGGACGAACGUUCGAGACUGCUACGCCAAAUUUAACAAGAAAACAAAAGAAGCAAAAAAAUCAGGAGCAGGUGCUUGCAAGGUGAAAUCUUAUAUCUACAGCAAGGAACUACAAUUUCUAUCAAAACUAUAUGAAGAACGAGACACUCAGGACAGCUUUGAUGGUCCAGGAACAUGUGAGGAAGAACAUGAUGGAGGCGCUUCUUCCGAUCCAUUACCUAGUCAAAAAUCGUCUAGCGGAGCUAGCGACGUGAACUCACUGCAAGCAGACCACAAGAACAGUGUUGGGCUCACUUGCCGCCAUUUUGGCUGA